UGUGGAGAGUCACUGGUUGGCCAGGAGAGGGCAUCUCAAGUCCUGAAACGAGCUCCAGUGAGCUCAGUCGGAUCCUCCACCGACAUCAUUCCUGUUGCUAUACAACUGAUUUAUUCUUGAUGCCACGGACAACGAGUCUAAUCCACAGCAGACUGCGCCUUCUCCUCCCCCUGUCCACAUCUGAAUUUGGGAAACAUCCAACUUGUCGGCUUUGGACCACAGUUUAAUCCCUUUCAAAAUUCUUCACUUGGUCGGUUUCCAGUCUCUCUUUUUUUUUGCUGCCACUAAACCUAGAUUCAACAAUUGGCGACACGGGUGUUUAAAAUGUGGGCUUUUCUUUCCUCCGCCUUCCAAAAACACUCGCUAAACAAUGCCAUUUUCAGGAGGAUACAAAGCUUGAGCGCGUGCGUCCGAGGGCUUUUUGUUCAUGUGGCUGUCACUAAAAUGCACGAAGCUAGGGUUGUUGUGCGGUAACGUGGGAAACUACAGGCAGAGGUUGAUGCUCACCUUCUGGAGCCGCUCUCGUCUCCUCCGACAGGUGUGCGGCUGUGCGCAAAGCGGACCUGGCUGCGGCGUAAAGUGCGUAUACUCUCUCCUCGGCUCACACAGGCGUCCAGGGUGCGUGUCCGGACCCAUCCGGACCAACACACGCCGAGUGCAUCUAACAUGUGGACGCGGAACGCAUGCAACAGAGAGCCCUAAGCAUGAGGAGGAGCCGACACCGCGCAAAUAUGGGACUUCCCAUGCUUUUCAGAUGGCUUGUAUUCACAGUGGUGGUGCCCACCUGGCUGCUCGCUGCUCCAAGCGGCAUCCGUGAGCGUCCCUGCCCCCAGAGCUGUAGAUGUGAUGGGAAGAUAAUAUACUGUGAAUCCAAUGCCUUCCGUGACGUGCCAAGCAAUGUGUCUGUUGGCACACAGGGCCUGUCCCUGCGCUACAACAGCCUCAUGAACCUCAGAGCUCACCAGUUUGCAGGGCUGAGUCAACUGGUUUGGCUCUACCUUGACCAUAACUACAUCAGUGCUGUGGACGGCCAGGCAUUCCAUGGGAUACGCAGGCUCAAAGAACUGAUUCUGAGCUCGAAUAAGAUCACACAUCUAGAAAACAACACUUUCCACGACGUUCCCAAUUUACGUAAUCUUGACCUUUCUUACAAUAAACUGCAGGUUCUCCAACCCAAGCAGUUUGUGGGUCUACGGAAGCUGCUGAGUUUACACUUGAGGUCAAAUUCCUUAAAAACUGUCCCUAUGCGAGUUUUCCUUGACUGUCGCAACCUGGAGUUUCUUGAUAUUGGCUACAACAGGCUACGGAGCCUCACACGUAAUGCCUUUGCAGGGCUGCUUAAACUCAUCGAGCUUCAUUUGGAGCACAACCAGUUCUCAAAGAUAAACUUUGCUCAUUUCCCUCGCCUGACUAACCUGAGGGCGCUCUAUUUACAAUGGAACCGUAUCAAGCUGCUAACCCAGGGCCUGCCAUGGAUGUGGACUUCCUUGCAAAAGCUGGAUCUUUCAGGAAAUGAACUCCAAGUGCUGGAGCCGAGUACAUUUCAAUGCCUCCCUAAUCUUCAGACACUUAAUCUGGACUCCAACAAACUCAGCAAUGUGUCUCAGCAGACGGCAGAGACUUGGAUCUCCCUCACCACCAUCAGUCUGGCUGGUAAUUUGUGGUACUGUAACCCCAACAUAUGUCCCCUGGUGGCCUGGCUCAAGGCCUUUAAGGGUAACAAGGAGACCACUUUGAUAUGUGCCGACCCCAAGGAGGCACAAGGGGAGAAAGUGACUGAUGUGGUGGAGUCCUAUAACAUCUGUACAGCAACGCCGAGUCCCAUCCCAUCGACGAGAUCGCCCCUCACUUCUGCGUUUCCAGCUGAGCUGCUGCCUCUUUCCACUCAGUCUGUGGUGGACAAGAAGCUGACCUGGAACAGGACAGCCUCCCCAGCUCCGUCCAAGGUCUCCCCUACUAUCCCUCUGCCAGACACUGAGUACGUGUCCUUCCACAAGAUCAUAGCUGGUAGCGUGGCUCUCCUCUUAUCUGUGGCCAUUAUUCUGCUGGUAAUCUAUGUCUCAUGGAAGCGCUAUCCCAGCAGUAUCAAGCAGCUUCAGCAGCGCUCAACGGUUAAAAAGCGCCAGAAAAAGGCUCGGGAGACCGAGCGCUCCCUUAAUUCCCCCCUGCAAGAAUACUAUGUGGACUACAAACCCUCACACUCAGAGACUAUGGAUGUGCUGGUUAAUGGGACAGGACCUUACACAUACACCAUCUCAGGCUCCAGGGAAUGCGAGAUCCCACAGCAGCUGAGCGCUCUGACAUUGUACAGGUGUGAGCAGUCACUUCUGGAUUACUGCCAUGCCCACCUGACGCUGCAGCUCAACGUGGGCAUGGAGCCCCAAACUCAGGCACCGGGAGGUCUGGGGCCAGCCAGGUGCCUCCCCUCCAAGCCUGUGCUGCCUUGCCCUCAGACCUACUCCCUCCACCAGUGAGCUGUGCACACUGUGAUGCACUGUGUCCAAAAUUCUAUUUCUUGUGCUGCACAGAAUCAGUAGGCCACCCAAAUGAGACAAAGGCUGCGUGGGAGGGAACUGGGACCGGUAC